AUGCAAAUUUUAGACAAGAUAAAGCUUGCUAAUAAUUUAUCAUUUUCGGGUCAUUUACCUGAUGAUCUACGAGGACCCUUGGGGCAUGUGCUGUCUCAGCUUAACAAGUCAGUUAACCACAUCAACAGUGAAGCAGCCUCAAAGACAGAGCAAAGGUUUUGGCAGAGGUUCUUCUCUGUCACAAUUGAUAGAGACCAGAUUGCUCAAUGGGAAAAGGACUUGGAUCGCAUCAUCGCACUCUUCAAUUUUGAAGCAAUUGUUCGCAUUGCAACAGGUGUGGAGAAGCUCGUUUCGGGACUCAAUACUACUAGUGUUCAUGUUCUAAAGUAUCACCCAACAGAGCCUCCAUCACGGCCUGCCAUGCUGUACGGCCACGACGGCCUUGUGGCAGAGUUGACGAACCUCGUCGUCAAUGAUGAGCAUUUGGCCUUGAUCGGUCUUGGGGGUAUGGGAAAGAGUUCUGUAGCUAAAGCCAUCAUCAACGAGCCGCUCGUCAUGGAGAAAUUUGCUGAUCGGCGCUUCUUUGCGACAUAUGAUGACCUGGAUCCUUCAACCAUCACAUUCAGAACCUUUAUGACUCGUUUUGCGAGAGCCCUUGGCAUAGAGAUCGCCGGCUCUGAUCCUGUGCGCCAAAUAUCUACCUUUCUCCGUUCUGCCAGUGCCCUCGUUGUCCUCGAUAAUGCCGAGACCUUUGAAGAGGCCAGUGCACUGUCGGUGCCCGGAUACAUAUUGCAAGCCAUUGCUGAAAUGGCUAACAUCCCUGGCGUCGUUCUGGUCCUCACGUCACGCAGUAGAAGGAAUGCACUAAACGUGCAAUGGAUUACCAAGGAUAUUCCACCACUGGACUUGAGCUCUGCUCAAGCAGCGUUCUUUCAAAUUUAUCACCACGCCAGUCGUAGCGAAGCCAAAGAAGACAUAAAAGGCCUGUUGGGGGAAUUAGAUUUUCACCCCCUUUCCAUCAACAUACUCGCAAACGCUGUGCAACAAAAUGGUUGGUCUCCAACCAAGCUGCUCAAGAGAUGGAAUGAUCGGCAUAGCAAGGUACUCGAUGGUGGCAAGGGGAAGCUGCAAAGCUUAUCUGACACCAUGCAGCUGUCACUCAGCUUACCGUCGGUCCAGCAUCUUGGCGAAGAUGGUCUUCGUGUUUUAGCCAUCAUUGCGUUCUUGCCCCAGGGUCUCAACGAGGACCUGGCUAGUGAUUUGUUACCAUCACUUCCGCAAGUUGACGCUAUAUGUGAUGUUUUAUGCAUGCAAUCCCUCGUUUAUCGUCAAGAUAAGUUCUUCAAGAUGCUUGCCCCCAUUCGGCAUUACGUGCAAGAUUCAUUGCAAGCACCUGACUCCACGUGUUUGCAAGAGAUACGUGCCUUCUACUAUCGCACUGUCUACUCCUGUUUGGAAGAACACAAUCAGUAUGCUGAUACCAUUAUCUCGGAUCACCUUAACAUUGAGCACGUAGUUGCUUUCAACCUUGCCAAUAUCCCGAAUGACGCAGAAGAGACCUAUAACACUUGCUGGCAAUUUUUGGAAUGUUUGGAGAGACACCUGCCUCGCCCGACUACCCUUAACCCUGCUAUUUCCAACAUCAUCGAGAACUCGUCCACAUGGGCGCUAAAAGCACUUUGCUUGUCAUAUCUCGCGCAGCUCUACCAAACGCUUUCUCAGAAUGCUGAAGCAAUACUGGCCUUUCAAACAGCUGAGGCGCUCUAUCUCACCGCCGGUGACCCCAAGGGCAUGGGGAAUUGUCUUAUAACGCGCGCAGACUUGCUGGGAUGUCAAGGUUGCUUUAUUCAGUCCCGAAAUCUCUUAGAUGAUCUUCAGCACUCUGACUCUUGGGAGUCUCUCAGGGAAACAACGAAAGCCCGAGCUUGGUAUUUCUUGGAUAUAGCCCGGAUGUACACAUUCACAGCACCUGCGGGCGAAUUAUUUGUGAAGUCCUCGGAAGACCGCAUCUGGGAUUUGUCUAUCAAGAUUUGGCACUGUCUGGCCAAAUUUUAUCAUGGAGGAGACGCUGUCCAGGUGCACGCCCAAUUAGAAGACCUAUCCGUACAACAUGCAGGUUCUGGAAAUGUCAGAGCCCUCGAAGACAUACAUCAGGGGCUUGCAGAAGUUGCAUCUUCCGAAGGCAGGUUAUAUGAAGCAAUGGAUAUCCUGCAAAAGAUCGUAGUGAUGGAUGGACAGUCAGCUGAAGGUGCCCUCUGGUCUACCAUGUGGAAGGCUCAUGCUGUUAGCAAGCAAGGGGAUUAUGACCUGGCGAGGGAGCUCAUCCGCACAGCCUCGGGACCCUUCCAAUUCUUUGCACUGCGCAGUGCACGUACAUUCAUCCACAAAUCUUAUGGCUCAGCAUGCAUCGAGCUCACCGCAGGCGAGUGGGACAGGGCCGAGUCUUAUUUCACUGCCACGAUCGAAGCCUGCGACAUGCAAAGUAAUCUGAUGCUCAAGGCACUCAGCAUACGAGGUUCUGGGGGAGAUUGCAUUUGUGCUUAAUGAUUUUGCUCUAGCCACACAGCGUUUUGAAGAGACACAAUUAUUUUGCGCUGAGAUGGGAGUGCCUCCCCAGUAUCUGUACAGUUGCGCGCCAUUUAAUAAUUUACAGGACAAAUUCAAAGGAUGGUCAUUAUUCUUGGAGGGUCUGUCACCACUUAUGAACGAUACGAGGUAGAUCACGCACGCUAGCCUGCAGUUGUAUUUCACGAACAGUUGCAUCAUCGUUGUAUUAUGUCCAUGGCAAGGAAGUAACGAGACAAAUAUAAGAUAUACUACGGCACGGUUUUGAAGAUU